CGGUCUCCUUGGGAACCGAGUAAAAGACUGUUGGAGACGUGGAGAAAGUUUGUUGUCUGUCGUGAUUCCGCAUAAAAGUACAGUUAGCUAACAGCCAUGUCCAGCAGCUGUAAGCCAAAGCCGAGGUGCUUUGGGAGCGACAUCCACAGACUGCUGCUGGCUGCUGAAGCUGGUCAGAAGGCUGAUAUCCGGACCUACUCCUCAGGUCAUCUGGGGCCCCGCAGUCUGAACCAGAGUCAGCCUCAUAUGGAAACGAAGCAGUCUGUCUGGAAGACAUCUCAGAGCCAAGAAGAAACCCCAAACCCUCUGACACUCCAGCAGAGACGAACAAAAGCACUGACCUGUGUAAAGAAGAAAGAAAUGAAAGAGUCUGCCUCUGAGUUCACCGCCAGCGCUGCUUUAGUAGAGCCUGAAGACUCUGAGUCACGACAAUUUCAGGCUACUGAUCGCUCAUCACAUGCAGACAGAAGAGAAGAUAUAAACCUACCUUGUUCCUCAAACUCUUUGCCAGUCCAGUCGGGAGUCUUUUCCGAGAAGAAGCCUAACUCAACAUCUGAUCUGGAGGGGGAACAGCAAUUUUGCUCAAUCCAUUCUGACCAGGAGAGGCUGAAUAAUGAAGAGCAGCUCAAGACAAAACAAUGGUUUGGCAGGCAAUUCAUAGCCAAGCAGGACCUCUGGGCUGGAACAGAUAUUGUUGAAAUGCAUGAGAGGAAACUAGAAAAGGCACUGAAGAAGUUGUCAGUGCAGAGCUGGCCCAGCAGAGCCCGCCUUGUGGUGUUCAGUGACGUCUUUGAUGAUGUAUGUGAAAGCUCGCCAGUAUUUGGACGCAUCCUAAGGGAAAUUAAGACAGAUUAUGAUUUGUAUGUCAACCACAUGAUGGCUUCCCAGUCACCACUACAUGACAUGUUGCUAAAUACUUCACUUAAAGAUCUUAGCAACAGCAAAGUAAGGGAGAUGGAGUUGGAGGAUGCUGAAAAAGAGGUUCAGAGGCUGGAGCAGGAGGCCAGAAGAGUUCUGAAGGAGAAUAAACGAGUCCAAAAGGAAUUACACAAUGUUCCAGCUAUCACGGGCCCAGAGGACAGUGACAUGAAGAAUAUAUCUCUGUCAGGGCUGCGGGACAGUGGGAGUGCCAUCAGCCACACCAACAGUGUCCAGUUCAAGAGGCUUCAGGUGUUGUACAUGUGGACGGAGAUCCAACAGCUGGAGGAGGAGAUUAAGGAGAAGCUGGUUUCCACUGUUAUAACCACUGCCACCGAAAGAUGCAUCAAAGAAAUAAAGACAGAGACAAUGAGACUGAUAGCCUCAAAUGACCGUCUGAAGACCACCAACAAGAAUCUGGAAAACAAAAUCAACAUAGUGCUGGACAAAGAGAAAUCAAGCAAGACCAUAAGACGGACACUGUGGGACGAAAUACAGUGUGAUCUGCAGGCAGACAGUGAAUAGCUUCAUCAACAAGUAAACCAGUUCAUCGUUUCUUGAGAUUGCAGUUUGAACGUCGGACAGUAGACACUAGAUAAAGAGCAAUGUGCAAUAAAAUGAAGGAAGUCACAUCUUUACCAACCAGAAAAAACUUUAUUAUGAGAUUACUAUGUCCUAGUCAUAGCCCGUCAGUUUAAUACAUACAGAGAAUCUCUUUACCAGAAAUAACAAUGUGGACCAUAAUUUAGAACUGCCACUGGCAGUCAGCAAGCAAGCAAUAACACAAUGCAAA